AUGUCGGGCCCGUCCCCUGUGCAGAUCCGGGAGGCGAACGCUCACCUGGCGGCCGUACACCGGCGGGCGGCGGAGCUGGAGGCGCGGCUCGGGGCGGCGGAGCGCACGUGGCGGGAGCAGGCGGAGAGUCUCAUUCGCAAGGACGAGCAGCUGCGCGGGGCGCUCCGGGAGUUGGGCCGGGCCAAGGACCGAGAGAUCGCAGAUCUUCAGGAAAAGCUCUUUUCUUCGGAGGGGACGGUCCAGAAGCUCCUGACUGUGAUUCAGGAGAAAGACGCCCUGAUCGUCCAGCUAAAGCAUCGCAGUGAGCUGCUGCACAAAAUCUGCCAGCGUCGGCCCCUGCUGGACGGCCUGCUGGCCUACAUGGCUGAAGGGGAGCAGCUGGGCCCUGUGGCCAGGUCCGGGCCGCCAAGCACCAGCAGUUCCCCGCUCCCUGAUGGUGCACCUGAGACUGAUGGGCCUGCCUGCCCACUGGCCAACAGCCAGGCCUUCUCUCUCAGUGAAGAUGAUCUAAAUGACAAGGAUUUGGAUCAGACUGUGUUUGGAACCACGGUGUUGAGGGGUCCUGUCUGUUAGCUUCUCCUUCCUCAUGAGGCUUCCUCCCAGUCUUUCUCUUUGGUAGUAGCCAUGAAAACUGGGGGGAUGAGGGUCCUCCAGGGCCUCCCUCAAACAAGCAAUUCUGGGUCCAUUCUGGCCCUGCCCCACUGCGACAGGUGUCCUUGUAACCCCACUGUCUUCCAGGAGAGAGCCAUGGGCCAUGAGGACUCUUGGAGUCUAGAUUCAGGGACAGAGUUUCCCCCUUGACCUCCAGUCUCUCUUCCCCUUCAAAGAUUUCUCUCCACGGGCCUUCAAACUCAGGGUGAACAUAGACUAGCAUCUCACUGAGGCGAGGCAAUGUCUUAGUGAGGAGAAGUUUUAAAGGAAAAAAUGCAGCUUUGACCAUAGGGGGCAGUUCCUCUAAAUUCCCAACUGGGCUUGGAAAACCAGCAAGAAGGGUUUCUGGGUACAACAGUGCAGUGAGGUUACUGACGGUGAACCUCUGACCCCUUGGGGGAACUGAGCCUCUGGGCAGAGCUAACCCUGACCUGGAGAAAUCCCUGGCUUAGAAAAGGCAAAAUCACCAUGUGGUUGGGAAGGGCAGGUAGAUUGGCAUUUCUGAAGAUCCCGUUAAUCCAGAUCACUGGGGCUUUAAAAAGACCGUGGCUCUUCUCGUGCCCCCAUUCCCUCUGCUAGUUUCCCAUUCUGUUAGCAGCCAGAACAGUGCUAUCCUUAGAGGGAGCAGAGAAAUUAGGAGGAGUUUCUUAUUUUGAAUAAUAUAGUAGUGAUCUGGGAUACAAAGGUUUGUUCAUUAAUAUGUAGCCUGUGUUCUAAGCCACUCACACUUUUCUAUCAGCUUUAAUAGGAAAUUUCAGUAUAUUUUAAAACACUUUUUCAAAUUCUACAUUUGUUCUUGAUUUUUUAAAACUUGGAGUGGGAGUUGUUUUCUUAAGUGGCCCAACCAGCCUCCAUUCCUCUCAGAUGGUUGGAAGGUCUGGCCAGGGCUGCUACUUCUCUACCUUCUAAUAUCGAGCCAGCUGGUUACUGCAAGGCCUGUUACAGGGAAAACUUCAGGAUCGGAAAACAGUGGUUUCCCGUGCUUGGCUGAAUGAAUCUGAGGUCAGGUGAUACGCAAAGGAGUGGAAUUCCAGCCCAGAAGAAGAAUUCCAGCCUUCAUUUGGAGGUGAUGGCAGCAGGAUUUGACCUGGACACCUCUUUAGAAGAGUACAGACUAUGGGAAUACAGAUGGGGUGGCAGCUUCAUUUGCAGCUUUAUGUAGCCAACUAGAAAUCCUUUUUUAUAUCUAAUAGAGGUCUAUAUUUUACAUGUCUGUUUUCUAUGGGGCCAUUCUCAAACUGAGCUGUUAAAUGGGAAGUUCACCAUUUGAGGAUAAACAUUUCACUUUUUAUAAAAGCAAGUAAAAGGAAAAAAAAA